GUGUCCCCCCAGCCCUGCCAUGGUGCCCCUUCCUCCCGUCCUGCUGCUGCUGCUGCUGCCCCCGGCCCUGCCCAGCCCCCCCGAGGUGAUGGUGACACGGCCCCGGGGGGUGGCCCUGACCAAUCUGCCGUUCUACGACCCCUCGAGGCCGUUCCGGUGCCUCGACGGCUCCGCCACCAUCGACUUCUCCUGGGUCAACGACGACUACUGCGACUGUGGGGACGGCUCUGACGAGCCUGGGACCCCCGCCUGCCCCAACGGGCGCUUCCACUGCACCAACGCCGGGCACCGGCCCCGCACCAUCCCCGCAGCCCACGUCAACGACGGAGUCUGUGAUUGCUGCGAUGGUACCGACGAGUGGGACAGUGGGGCCGGGUGUGAGAACACGUGCAGGGAGCGGGGCCGGCGGGAGCGCGAGGCCCGGCAGCGUUUGGCCGCCCUGGCCCGCGAGGGCUUCGUGCUGCGGCAGCGGCUGGUGCAGGAGGCGGCCGAGGGCAGAAGGGACAAGCAGGCCCGGCUGGGGGGGCUGCAGGAGUCCCGGAAGGAGCUGGAGCAGCGCGUGGGGACCCUCCGGGCGGCCAAGGAGGCGGCGGAAGGCCCCGAACGGGCGGCCAGGGGGGAGCACCGCAGGAAAUGGGGGGAGCAAAGGGCGGCGGCGGCGGCGGCGCAGGACGAGGCUCGAGCGGCCGAAGCCUUCACUGAGCUGGACACGGACGGGGAUGGACGGCUGACGGGGGCUGAGCUCCAGACCCAUCCCGAGCUGGACCCCGACGGUGAUGGCGCCUUCUCAGAGACUGAGGCCGAGGCACUGCUGGGGCCCGGGGGUGCCGUGGAUUCUGGAACAUUCCGGGAGCGGAUCUGGGAGAGCGUCCGGGAGCGGCUCCGGCCACGGGGCCAAGCUGAGCCCCCCCAAACCUCCCCUGAGCCCUCCCUGGACGAGAAUCCCCCCCAGGAGGAGGAGGAAGAGGAA